CUGAGGGCGGCGGCCGAGGAGCUUCCGGGAGCCGGGGCUCGGGCACUUCCCGGCCUAGGCUGCAGCUCGCAGCGCGGGAUCCGGCAGAGUUAAGAACCUACUGGGAGUUGCUGCCACAGUCUCUUAAUGGGCGUCUACCAGGGACGACUACGUGCCAAGAACCAAAGAGACACUUGGAGUAGGAACAGUUGGGUCCACUGGGUGGCAGACUUUAAGAACAAUCCGUAACAAACGUAUGGAAAAGCGCGCAGACCCUGAGUUCCGCCAGACUGGUUUUCACAGGCUUGCUUGUGUCACCUGCACCCAGAACGAUCCCAGAUGCACUCCUGGCCAAGUGAAGCAGAGAACAGUUACUCUACCAAGCUCCUACCUUGAUGGCUGUUCCAUGGCUCUACCCGCUCCUGCUGCUCUCCCAAUGCAUGCUCUCCCAGGGUUAAUUUGGAGGCCUGAGCUAUGGCUUCAUCCUCCCCCAUCCCAGCCACUCAGUCCAAGAAGCCUCGAGGCAAGAUAGCUGACUGGUUCAGACAGGCUCUGUUGAAGAAGCCGAAGAAGAUGGAUGUCUCCGAGGAAAGCCACCCCAGUGAAGGUUUACAGACAGCCGCACAGGACGGUCUCCCACCCCAGAGCAGCAGCUCGCCCCCUAGCUGCAGCUCGCCCCCUAGCUACAACUCACACCCGAGCUGCAGUUCAGGAAUGGCUCCUACCCUGCAACCAACACAGAAGGACACCAGCUGCAGUAGUGGUCGCUGGAGCAAAGACUAUGACGUCUGCGUGUGCCACAGUGAGGAGGACCUAGAGGCUGCCCAGGAGCUGGUCUCCUACUUGGAGGGUAGCCAGGCCAGCCUACGCUGCUUCCUGCAGCUUCGGGAUGCAACCCCGGGUGGCGCCAUCGUUUCUGAGCUGUGCCAGGCACUGAGUAGUAGUCACUGCCGUGUGCUACUCAUCACCUCAGGCUUCCUUCGGGACCCGUGGUGCAAGUACCAGAUGCUGCAGGCCCUGACGGAGGCCCCGGGGGCAGAGGGUUGCACUAUACCCCUGCUGUCUGGCCUGACCAGAGCCGCCUAUCCGCCGGAGCUCCGAUUCAUGUACUAUGUGGAUGGCAGAGGCCGGGAUGGUGGCUUUUACCAAGUCAAGGAGGCUGUCAUGCGCUGUAAGACACAGGAGGGCCUGGAGGGGAUCUGGAAACAUUAAGCUGACACAAGUUUUCCUGACAAAAGCUGGAAAUAUCGCACACCAGGUGCUGGAUCCCAUUAGAUAGGGCUUUGGGAGCCAGAGCCAGUGCACUCUGUACAUCACACAGGAUCAGAUUGCCACCAGCUUCCCUUACUGUGGGCUCCACAGGAAGGCCGGGCAGAAGAUGGGGACCCCCCACAAGAAGACCAGGAGGAAGAUGGGGACUCCCCAAGAAGAACAGGAGGAAGCCAGGGACUCCCCCAGGAAGGCAACGAGGAAGUCAGAAUUUGGAGUUGUCAAGAGACUGUGGUAUGAGGAGGGUCAGCAGCGUCUUGACUGCUGCUUAACUGGACAGGAAACUGACACCCCGCUGUCUGUCCCAGAAUCAGGCACUGGGGUAAGCAGGUGCCACUCCUCAUGAGGGGAGAGCCUGACUGAUGAAUGAAGUUAGUGCUCCUCCCAGAUGCCUAGGGAAGCGGAAGAGGCAGCAGGUCUCAGGUCCUUCACAUCCACACUACUGUAGUUCUGUCCCAGAGGCGUCAACUCACUUUAUAAGGCUGGGUGAAAGGCACCUCCAGCCCCAUGCUGACUCUCACUUACUGAACAAAUGUCAUUUGAAAUGCAGACCUAGCCAGGUUGGUGGUACAUGCCUUUAGGAGGCGGAUGCAGGCAGAUCUCUCUGAGUUUGGGGACAGCUGAAGCUGUUACACAGAGAAACUCUAUCUCAGAAAAAAAAAAAAGCAAACCUAGGGUCUGGAGAGAUGGCUCAGUGGUUAAGAACUCUUGUUACCUUUGCAGAGGAUCCAGGUUCAAUUCCCAGUAUUCACAUGGUAGCUCUGACCAGGGUCUCCUUGGGCAUGGGGCACACAUAUGGAACACAUGCAUUCAUGUAAGCAAGACAAUCAUACAAUAAAGAAAUCUUUCUUUAAAAUUAGAAAUGCAAAUCUAGGGCUCUAGGUGGAGUUGGUGGUAGAACGUUUGCUUAGCAUGUAUGAGGGUUCGGGUUCGACUUCCGGCACCAUCAAAAUGAAAAGGAAACAAACCCAGAAGCCAUUCUGAAUAAUAAGUAGGGAGAAGGAAAGGUGGGGGGGGCAGCUUCUUCACCUGGACCAAAACCCAGUGACCUUGGACACGUAGGCCCUCCUCUGAUGUCUGCCCAUGCUUCAUAGCACCUGCCUUUAUAUCGAACUGAGAGGAACCAAUGCUCUCAGUCUAGCACCAAUGUGCAUUCCCAGGGAGAGGUAAGGUGUCACCUAUAUUCUCAAUAAGGACAGAAACAUGGUCCGUUGUCAUGGUCUCCCCUGGUAUGUACCUUGAGCCUCUUUUUGCCAUGUCCCUUUACUGGAAACAAAUUAUUUUUGAAUUAUGACUUUUUUGGUUAUAUACAAAAUGUUCUAAAGGAUACUAUAUCAUACUCAUGCACCUACCACCUAAAUAUAAAAAAAUACAAUAAGAAAGCCUUAUUCCCAACAUGCUUGUUCCCUUUGUGUUCUGAAUUCCAGGCCCCUCAUGUUUCUUAAGAAAACAACAACUUGAGCUUUUCUGCAUGAAGUUUCUAUAGAUAAAUGCACCCCAGCAAAAUGUUAUUUAUAUUUUAUGACUUUAUCUCUUAUGUUUGACAUGUUUGUGAGAUAUGUCCAUGUUGAUGUGUCUGUCACUCAUGAGUUUCCUUUUGUUCUAGGUUAGUGGGUCUCAGCCUGUGGGUUGAACAAUCUUUUCAUAUCGUAUAUCAGAUAUUCUGUAUGUCAGGUACAUUAUGAUUCAUAACAGUAGAAAAAUUACAGUUAUGAAGUAGCAAUGAAAAUAAUGGCUGGGGGUUGCCAUAACAUGAGGAACUGUAUUAAAGGGUCGCAGUGUUAGGAAGGUUGAGAACCACUGCUCUAAGAUCGUUUUAACACAAAUUUCAGGUACUUUCCCCCUAACCAUAUAGUUAUAUACCUCUAAAUCAUGAGGGUUUUUUUGUUUUUGUUUUUGUUUUUUGAGACAGGGUUUCUCUGUAUUGUUUUGGAGGCUGUCCUGGAACUUGCUCUGUAGACCAGGCUGGCCUCAAACUCACAGAGAUCUGCCUGCCGCUGCCUCCUCAGUGCUGGAAUUAAAGGCUUGUGCCACCAACACCAGACCAUGAGGGUUUCUUUUUUAAACACAAGAAUGUUACAUUUUAAUCUUAAUAUAAAAUACUGUCUAUGAA